AUGCUCUCCCGAACAACGAGACACCUCGCGCCCCUCCGCACCUUCACAGCGCGCGCACCCUGCCAUCCUACCCCCCUCCAACAACUCCAGCGUCCACGGGCACGCUUCUCCUCGUCCUCGCCCGUAGGACAAGAGGCCCGUUCUCCAAAUGUCAGCAGCAUCCCUCCCUCCCUCCCUCCCUCCCCAUACCAAGGGAGCCUACCAUCUAUCAUCCAUCCAUACCUAAGAGACGAGAAGCUCACCUCAUCCCAGGCGCAAUUCUACAAGACCUUCGGGCGGCCCAUCGCCAAAGUACUCCUCGUCGCCGUCUUCACGUACCAAGUGGCGUACUACUUCUGGGUGCGCCUAGAGCAGGACGAGACCCGGGCCGAGAUGCGAGGCACGCGCGCCUUACCCUUACUCUUACCCUUACCCGUCACCCCGCAGAGCUAACAUGAGCAAACCGCAGCCACCAUUUCCGAUCUCGAGGCCAGGAUAGAGCAGCUCGAGGCGCGGAAGAAGUAACGAUGUGCUAGGUCUUUAACGUAAGACAGAAAUCAUCGCGUUAGGUUCGCCGACGAGGAUGUGUCCGCGGUAGUAAUGGCAUUACCGUGGAAUUGCAAUACCAAAAUUAUUAGGUCUGUCAUUCUUAGGCGGGUAUGAGCCGUGACCUAUGCUUGUUUGGGAGCCUUCACAGUAGGUAAAAAGAGCAUAUCCAGCACGUCAUGACGCAAAUAUCUAACA